AUGUUGGAUGUAGACAUCUUAGGUGGUAAUGAGAGGUGUGUUGGGGAUGGCGACAGUGAAGCAGAAGGGUUUGGUAUCCUGAAUAUCGAGCGAGACGAUAGUAGCCAAUGGGCACCUUUGCAGCACCUGGCACAAAUCACCAAACUCCCUGGAUUCAGCAGUUGUGUCAUCCCAGGAGAAAGCUCCAAAUCUUCUCCUGGGGAUAGCGCCAGCACAGCACAGAUUGUUAUUCCAGCACACAUCCGCAUGCAAGGUGCCACCACUCAAACACUCACUAUUUCAUCUCAUACAGAUAUCCUAGAGACUCAGGAUGAACUGGAGGAGGAGGAAGAAGAUUCUGAAACAGUUGAAGCAGCUGCACAAGCCCUACAUGAUGUUCUGUGGGUCUCUGCUGACUGA